UGCAGAACAUAGGUCAGAUCAACAGACUUCAGCAUGACAGAGAGAGCCUGGUGCUGUUCCCUAAGAAUAGUUCGGAAGAGGCUUCCCAUAUUGGGAUGGCUUCCCCACUACUCUCUGAAGUGGUUACAACUGGACAGCAUUGCUGGGUUCACUGUGGGGCUUACUGUUGUACCCCAGGCUCUGGCCUAUGCUGAGGUGGCUGGAUUGCCCGUCCAGCAUGGUCUCUACUCCUCCUUUAUGGGAUGUUUUGUGUAUUUUUUCCUGGGCACCUCCCGGGAUGUGACACUGGGCCCUACAGCCAUCAUGUCUUUGCUGGUUUCCUUCUACGCCUUACACCAGCCUGCCUAUGCUGUGCUCCUAGCUUUCCUCUCUGGCUGUAUCCAGUUAGCCAUGGGGAUCCUGCAUUUGGGGUUCCUGUUGGAUUUCAUUUCCCUUCCUGUUAUUAAAGGUUUCACAUCUGCUGCUUCCAUCACCAUUGGGUUUGGCCAGAUCAAGAACCUCUUGGGUCUACAGGACAUUCCUCAGCAGUUUUUCCUUCAGGUGUAUUACACUUUCCUCAGAAUUGGGCAGACCAGGGUAGGAGAUGCUGUCUUAGGGCUGGUCUGCAUAGUGCUCCUGCUGUUGCUGAAGAUGAUGAGGGAGCAGAUGCCACCCCUCCAUCAGCAGGUGCCUCCUUGUGUCCGGCUCAGCCGCCUGAUAGUCUGGGCCAUUGCAACAGCCCGCAAUGCUUUAGUGAUACUAUUUGCUGGUUUGAUUGCCUACUCCUUCCAGGUGAUGGGAUCUCAGCCAUUCCUUCUGACUGGGAAAACAGCAGAAGGUCUUCCUCCCUUCCAGCUUCCUCCUUUCUCUCUGGUCACCCCCAAUGGGACUGUGCCUUUUAACCAAAUGGUACAGGAUAUGGGUGCUGGGCUGGCUGUGGUGCCCUUAAUGGCACUGUUGGAAAGUAUCACUAUUGCCAAAACCUUUGCAUCUCAAAACAAUUAUCACAUUGAUUCCAACCAAGAGCUGCUGGCUAUUGGUAUUACCAAUUUACUGGGUUCCUUUGUUUCUUCCUACCCCGUCACUGGAAGCUUUGGACGGACAGCAGUGAAUGCCCAGACAGGGGUAUGUACUCCAGCAGGAGGACUAGUGACAGGAAUUCUGGUAAUAUUAUCUCUCGCCUACUUGACUCCACUUUUCUACUAUAUUCCCAAGGCUGCUCUGGCAGCUGUCAUCAUCAUGGCUGUUGCCCCUCUAUUUGAUGCUAAAAUCUUCUGGAAGGUCUGGCAUGUAAAAAGACUGGAUAUGGUACCAUUGUGUAUAACUUUCUUACUCUGUUUUUGGGAAGUGCAGUAUGGCAUCUUGGCUGGGACCCUGGUAUCUGGAAUGAUUCUACUUUACCAUGUAGCCAGACCCCAAAUUCAGCAGGUAUCAAAAAACUCAGUGCUUAUCUUGCAGCCCAUUAGUGGCCUUCACUUUCCAGCAGUUGAAGCUCUUCAGGAGACUCUAUUUAGCCAGGCUCUUGCAGCAUCACUCCCAUGUUGUACCAUCUUGGACUGUAUCCAUGUCAGCAGCAUUGAUUAUACAGUGAUGACAGGACUUGGGGAAUUGCUAGCAGAAUUUCGAAAUCAUGGAGUUUCCUUGGUUUUUGCCAGGUUACAGGCUCCUGUUCUUUCUGAUCUUCUGAAUGCUGACCUGAAGGGAUUCCAAUAUUUCUCCACCCUUGAAGAAGCAGAGAAUUACCUGAAUGAAGAGUAAAGUUUCUAGACCUAUGAUAUCAAUGAAGAUUCCACCAGAACCCAGAUUUAUCCCAUUCAUGCCACCAAUUGGCAUUAUUCUAUAGCAAGAGAUGGUGAAAAGGUCUCUUCAUCAGCAUAUACCAUUGAUCCUGUCACUGUGGAUUUCCCUUAUGAUGCUUCUUUUGGGCAGUCGUACCCACAGAAAACUCCCGCAGGAGAUACUAUGGAAAAAUGAUGGAAGGAAAACAUAUUCAUCUUAAAAUGAAUUCAGAUCUUUAGGGAACAAUGAUUUGGCGCAUCUGACACAGAUGAAUGACAAUUUCUAGCAUUCUCAGAGAAUUGCUCUUCUAAUUGAAAAUGAUUUCUAUUUCUCCUCUCACUUCCUUCCCCUACUCCUUUACUCCUGGUCUAUAUUUAGACUUUGGACCUACCUUCCUAUCAGUUUUUAAGCAAUACAAGGGCCUUCCCUUGAGCUUUGCCAUCAGAGUUGAGCCAUGUAAAUACAAAGAGAACCCUUGAGCUGGACCUUUGAUUGGAUUUUGGACUUUGGAAGCGCCAUAAAAAAGAAAAAGGGCACGGUAGGGAAGGUAAGAGGAGACUCUAUUAAGUGUGAUUUCUUAGUGUAGAGAGAGGACAAUAAUUCUUGGAUUUUCCUGGAUAUUGGAUAAUAUCAAAACUGGAAAGGACCUAAGCAGAUAUCUAGUCAAGCCCCCUCACUUCACAGGUGAGGAAGUAGAAGACCAGAAAAGUUAAGUAUGGUAAAUACCAUAUGAGCUUGGACAGUAAAUAUCAGAGCUGGGAUUAGAACUCAGGUUGUGACACAGUGGAUAGAAUUCCCUGACCCAGAAUCAGAAAGGCUCAUCUUUCUGAGUUCCAAUCUGACCCCAGACACAUAUUAGCUGUGUGAUCCUGGUCAAGUCACUUAAUCCUGCCUGCCUCGGUUUCCUCAUCUGUAAAGUGAGUUAGAGAAGGAAAUGGCAAACCACUCCAAUAUCUCUGUUGAGAAAACCCCAAAUGAAUCAUGAGGAGCCAGACAUGACUAAAACAGUUGAACAAUAAUGGUCUUUUACUCAAAGAUCUGUGCUCCUACAUCUGUACUGUGCAGCCUUCCAUAAUUAACUGCUAAUUUCUUUUUCUUUCCUUUUGCCUUCUGUUAGCUUGACUCAGACCAACAUGCUUCUAGUUUAAGUUCUGUAAGUCAUUUCACAGUUAACAAGAGGUUUAUUGAGAUCUAACAUUGGAUAUUCAACAAGCAUUUUGCAUUAGUAAAUGUGAUUUCUCUCUCCACCCUUCACCCUCACCCCAGUUUCUGUGUGGGAAAUACUGUGUGGUCAGCUGAUGGACUUCAGACAUCUGCCUUGACUUCUCUUGGAUGAGCUGUUUUAUGCUUCUAGGUGAUAGAGACUACCAUGUGUUAUGGGCCAGAACUCCGAACUUGAUACAAAGGAUUGAAACCAGGUGCUAAGUCAGUGGAAUUGAUAAGAGACAAUAAUUAUUUAGCAGGUAUUUAACAGUUCUCUACAUGUUCUUAGUACUUCAAUACAUGUACUUACUAUAGUUAUACAAGAUUAACACUUUUGAUAAGAGACCAUAGAAGCUCCAACAAAUUCAGCCAGAAUCAGAACUAGGGAAGACAGAGAAGUGGUGGCAGAUUCUCCUCCUUUGUUUCUCCACUGAAACCAAGAUCCGGAAGGCCACGAGAAAAACUAGCUGAACCCCAAGUGAAGGAGACAAGACUUGGAAAGAGACAAUAAAGGAUUUGGACUUUAACUGCUGGCUGCACUUAACAACUACUGAACUGAAACGAAGGCUGCCUCCAGAGACCCCAAGAAAACCCCAACAAGAGAAUAUUACAUUUUAGAGAAGAAUAUUACAACCGGGAAGAUGCUCAAGGAAGGCACAGUUUGAGUUUUGCCCUAACCCAAGUCCUGGCUAUUUAGUCUUUUAUGGAAAAGCUGACCCUAACCAUGUUGGGGAAUGAGGAAUCCUUGUAGAUACCAGUCCUUUGGACUGAAGCACCUUCUAUCUUACUAUUUCUCAUUGUCAAGGGCUAUUCCUAAUCUUUUAAUCCACUUCCCACUCCCAGAGUUGGACAUUCCAUUCUCACCAGCAAACUCCCAUUGUUUCUCAUCCCCCUACUCCCUCAUCCUGUCUUGGCAGGAGGAAUCUCUGUAACAGAGAAACAGUGUAUCAGAACACUGGACCAGAAAUCAAGAAGCACUAGAUUCAAAAAUAGCCUCAGACACUAUCUGUGAUGCUGGACAAGUCACUUAACCUCUACCUCAGUUUUCUCACCUGUAAAAUGGGGAUUCCUACCUCCUAGGGUUGUUGUGAAGAAAAAAAAUGAGAUAAUGAAAAAAAUAAUAAAAAGCAUUUUGCAAACUUUAAAACUCUAUAUAAA